AUGUUAAAAAAAUCAAAUUUAGAAUUUAUGAGUUCUACUCCAUCAGAAUACGAUGCUAUGCUUGAAACUUAUGUAAAAGAAAUAGAAGAAUAUAACACUUAUUGUAAAUUUUAUCGUUUUUAUGCUCAAAAAAUUGAUUUACCUCCGACUCCAAUUUCACUUAAAUCAAAUUAUAUAAAUUAUUCUCCUUCGUCAUCUUCUAAAAAUUUCCCUCAAAACCCACAAUUACCAUUAAGAAGUAAUUCAACUAAAGUUAAUUCUUCAAAUAGUUUAGGUGAUUUUAAAAGUAAUUCUUUAAAAAAAAUCCCUUCCCAUCAAA